UAUCAAUUCAUUCCAAAACUCUCAAACCAUCACAAACUCAAUUCUCCAAUCGAAUAAUCCUUCCUUACCUUUCCUUCGGCAGAUAUAUCUCUUCGCAACUGCAUAAACUAAUCGUCUGAACAAGCAGUCAUCUGAGUAGCAGUGAGAUUCUUUUUUCUAUUACAAGAAAUGGAUCAUGAUGAGAUCGAUGUUCCUACCUAUUUUCUCUGUCCCAUAUCAUUAGAAAUCAUGAAGGAUCCAGUAACUGUCUCAACCGGUAUAACCUACGACCGAGAAAGCAUCGAAAAAUGGCUAUUCUCAAGGAACAACAAAACAUGUCCGAUCACCAAACAACAGCUAUCAGAUUACACUGAUCUAACACCAAACCACACACUUCGAAGACUCAUUCAAGCAUGGUGUACACUAAACGCUUCACAAGGAAUCCAAAGGAUCCCAACUCCGAAACCACCUAUCAACAAAAUCCAAAUCACUAAACUCAUCAAAGAAGCUUCUCAUUCAAAUCUCACCAUUCAAAUUAAAUGUCUCAAAAAACUUAGAUCAUUUGCUUCUGGAAGCGAAACAAAUAAACGUUGCAUGGAAGAAGCUGGUGUUGUUGAGUUCUUAGCUUCUAUUGUGAUAAACAAUAGUAGUAACAUAGAUUCCGCGUCUUUAUUAUUAUCUGAGUCUAACGUUAAUCCGGUUGAUGAAGCAUUAAGCAUACUUCAUAACCUUCAUGUAUCUGAAGCUGGACUGAAGAAUCUACUAGCUUUCAAAAACGGCGAAUUUAUCGAAUCAUUAACAAAAGUUAUGCAGAAAGGUUUCUUCGAAUCACGAGCUUACGCAGUUUACUUACUAAAGUCUAUGACAGGAGUAGCUGAAUCAGUUCAGUUAGUGCAUCAAAAAACUGCAUUAUUUGUCGAACUGGUGCAAGUUUUGAAGGAUCAAAUAUCACAAAAGGUAUCAAAAGCGGCACUUCAUACACUAAUCCAUCUCUGUCCAUGUGGAAGAAACAGAAUCAAAGGUGUUGAAGCAGGAACAGUUCCUGUCUUGAUAGAACUUCUGUUAGAAAAUUGCAAAGACAGAAAACCAAAUGAAAUGAUGCUGGUUUUGUUGGAAUGUCUCUGUCAGUGUGCAGAAGGAAGAGCUGAGCUUCUGAGACAUGGUGCAGGACUAGCUGUUGUUUCGAAGAAGAUUCUUAGGGUUUCGUCGGUCGCCAACGAUAGAGCGGUUCGGAUUCUGUUGUCUGUUUCGAGAUUCUCUGCAACUCAUAAUGUUGUUCAAGAAAUGCUUAAGCUUGGUGUUGUUGCUAAACUGUGUUUGGCUCUUCAAGUUGAUUGUGGAAGCAAGACUAAGGAGAAAGCUAGGGAGAUUCUUAAGAUGCAUGCUAGGGUUUGGAGAGAUUCCCCAUGCAUACCUAGUAAUUUGCUUUCAUCAUACCCUAAUUAUAUCUGAAAUUAAUUAGUAUAUGUUUAUUAGAUGGGAAGUUAAAUUUUGAUUUGGAAUAUUUUAUUAAUCAUGUACAAAAUUAGAUGGAAAAUACAAUAUUUAGGAAUUAAUGAUAGUUAGGUUAUUUGGAUAGCAAAUGCUUACAUUUUGAUGUAUGAUUCUUGAUAAAUAUUGAGUACACACUGUGCAAUAAAUUAUUGACACAGAUUAUUUUUCCAAUGAUUAUUCAUACUUUAUGCCAGUUUUAAAU